AUGCCUCCUUCUCGCGCCAGCCAAAUCCAAGAGGAUGACUUGGAGGAGGGUCAGGAUCGCAUGUCUGGUAUUGAGCAACGCAUCCGCAAUGCUCGCCGAACUGGACAAGCACGACGGGUUGUCGUCAUCGACGACGACGAGGAACAUGUAGCACGACGUCAACAGCGAGAGCUUUCCGUGGAGAGAGAAGCUGCAAUCGUCCUCGGUCUCGAUGACGAUGAAAUUCCUGCUGCAAUCGUCCUUGAUCUUGAUGACGACGGACUUCCUCCGGAUCUACGACAUCGGCGCAACCUCCGCAACCGUCCCAUCGAGCCUUACUUGCGCCUGUCAGAAUUCCAGCACGGUAAUUACACGAUUAAGGCAGGCACGGUUGUCGAGGUCCCAACUCGUCCUCCUGAAGAGCGUAGCUGGCAGUUUCUCGAGGUCCGCUACAUACGCACAGAAGGCGGGGAAGUCUGGCUGCGUGGCAUUCCUCUGACCAGACUCCGGCACCUCAGAGGCAUGUUCCUCAAGCAGAGGAACGAGGUCUGUGCUGUCUUGGAGGUAGACCAGAAUGAUCCGCGAAAGCCGCUCAUCCAGGCGGCCAAGGAAGUCAACGUCGAUGAGGUGAUCCGGCGCCGCACAGUCAAUCGCACCAACGCCAUGUUCCCAGAAAACCGUUUCGACCGUAAACUUUAUAAAACAAAUGAAGCGAUUGAGAACCGGGCUCCGUUGACUCAGCGCUGGAUCAUAACUUUUCACUACAAGUCCGCUGCCUACAGAGAAAAGAAGGCUCUCUCCCCCACCGGCGAGGUCUAUCGCCUUAUGGAAAAGGACAUCAAGGACCCAGCAUUCCGAGUCUCGGACAGAACCUUGUUGAACAGAUUCCGCGGCGGGAAAGUCCGUGGAGGUUCAUGGGUUUGCGGGAAAGAGACAGUCCCUCUCGAAGAGCUCAUAGAAGAUGACAUGGAUGCCGCUCCGACCACGAGACUGAUGGGACAGAAGUAUACCAUGGCGGACAUAUGCUGCGGAGCAGGAGGUGCCUCUGAAGGCGCCCGUCAAGCAGGGUUCAGAAUGACCUUCGCUUGCGAUUUCGACGCGGCAGCUUGUCGGAGCUACCAUGUCAACCACUCAGACACCGACCUCGAAGAAUCGGACAUCUUCGUAUCGAUGCGGGGACGCAAAGACGCACGUUCCAAACAUCACGUCGAUGUUGCUCAUACGUCGCCCCCGUGCCAGGUCUUUAGCCCGGCGCAUACCGUACCCGGCAAGAAUGACGACGCGAAUGCCGCAGCGUUGAUGUGCGUGCAGGAGGUGCUCGAGCAGCUGCGCCCCCGGUUCGGCACUGGCGAACAGACGUUCGGGCUUCUGUUUGACCUGAACGAGGACUACUUCAACUCGCUCGUGUGCCAGUACACCUCCCACGGCUUCUCGUUUCGAUGGGAUACCCUCCCUUUCCAGGAGUUUGGAGGAACUUGCCAGACUCGCCGACGGCUGCUCUGGAUCGGGUCUUGCCCUAGUGAGCGCAUGGCCCCAUUCCCAGCUCGUACACACAACGUGACUGGCCUUAAUGGGCUCCCGAAGCCAUCCACGCUGGGUGGGAUCCUUCGAAACGUGCCUUCAUUUGCAUCUCUACACGACGAUUUAGAGAUGGCGGUGCGAGCCGCUCGCCCUAAUAGCCGGUUCCCCAGAAGUCCGUACGACGCAGAGAAAAAGAUCGGCACCAUCACGACCAGUGGAUCGACCUCAUACCACCCCGAUGGCCUUCGAAACUUCACGCUGCGCGAACUGGCUUCCAUCCAGACCUUCCCGCCGACCUACGACUUCUUGGGAAAUGUAGGCCAGAUCAAGAGACAGAUUGGAAAUGCAUUCCCGCCUGGACCGGCUCGAGUGCUUUUUGCCGGCGUGCACAAGUGGCUCAUGGAGCUUGAUAAUGUGGUUGAUGAGGUCAUUGACCUCAGUAGCGACGACGACGAUAAUGUGAUCAUUCUGGACGACAACAACGGCGAGGCGAUCAUCAUCGACGACGAUAGUGACGAGAAAACGCGACGGAACAGGCGCUUGGAAAUACGACAGAACGCACGUGCGAACAGGCGCUCGAACACACAACCGAACGUGCGUCCCAACGUGCUUCCGAACCUGCGUCCGAACAUGCUACCAGCCCUGCGUCCAAGCCGGAAUGUCGAUGCAAUCAUGAUCGAUGACGACGAGGACCACCAGAUGGCAGACAGAUCCAUCCCCGUCCAUCGAGAGUAUGUUGUAAUUAGUGAUGAGGAUGAAAACGACAACGCCGCUAUGAUGGACUACUCGCGCGAGAGCUCGCGAACACUCUCUGCUGGGUCCCAGGACGGGAUGGAGAUCGACUGA